UGACUUCACGCAUUCGGAUGAACCCGUCCGUCGCUGUAGAUGAGAUGGUUCUGGCCUUGAGCAAGCAUGACCGCAAUUGGGAAACGAGUUGGCAGAUCAAGACGACAUCCUACGACAGCCUCGAAACUGGAUUUCAUGUAUAAAGUCUGUCCUAAACUCCCACAGCUUGACAACUAUUCCUCACCCCUCAUCCUCCGUCUCUCAUUCCUCACCAGCUCAACGCCUCAACACUCUCAUUCUCAGUAAUCUCGGUCUUUCUCUUUUUUACAAGAUGGUCUCUGCACGCUUCGUCGCCGUUCUUGCGGCUGCCGCCACGGCCGUCAGCGCCGCCCCGAUUGUCGACCUCGAGCUGCCCACCAACAUCACCGAGGCUGCCGACCGUGAUCUCCGCAACGGCGAGAUGGUCGUCUUUGGAGCCGAGGGCCGCUCCCACAUCAUCACCGAGGACACCUGGUCCCUUCUCCUCAAGACCAUGGACAUCCUGCCCGAGCCUCCUGCCGUCGACGAGGAGUGGCUCAAGGCCGCCGAGAGUCUCACCGAGAUCCCCGUCAACGUCACCGAGGGAGCCCUCGACAAGCGCGACUGCAACAGCAACUACCAGACCGUCGUCGACCGCACGGAGCGCUUCGUCGACUGGGACGUGCAGAUGUCCCCCGUCGUCAUCGGCGUCGGCAGCAAGGGCAUCGACAUCACCAUCUCCAAGUCCUACGCCGUCGGCAACACGGUCCAGGUCAGCGCCGGCAUCGACCUGACCCUCAUCAAGGACCGCCUCAAGAGCAGCCUGGGCAUCAACUACUCCCGCACCUGGACCACCACCCAGGGCUACCUCAUCCGCGGAACCGUCGACAAUGGCUACACCGGCGUCGUCAUCACCCGCCCCUGGACCAACCGCCGCUACGGACGCACCUUCCAGGGAUGCGUUGGCAGCCUUCGCCAGACCGGCACCUUUAUGGCCGAUUCCCACGAAGAGGGCUCCUACGAGGGUGUUUCUUGGGUUGGUGGCGCCAUCACUGCCUGCAUCAAGAAGCAGAGCUCCAUCCCUCUGACCCGCUGCAACGGAUCCGGCGCUUUCCGCUAAAUUUGACGUCGUGCCAGGAGACAGGCCGCGCGAUGUUUGUAAAGACAUCUAGGUUGCGCAUCUUACGCGCGAUCGGCAGCGUGUCUCUUGGAAAGAUGGGGUUGAAAGCACAUCAAACAUCCUUUUCAAUCUUCAAUAAUCUUUUUUCCACUACAUAGCUAUUUUUUCAGGGGAGGAGAGGCAGUAAUAUGCUACAACUGUCUGAUGAGGUUUAAUAACGAGGAUUGUCCGC